UGGAAGGACAGGGAGCACAGUGUAUUCUCAGCCCCACAAGAUGUCGGUUGUGUGCAGGAAGGUGUUAGUACUUGCGCUCACUAUUUCCAGGUGUAGGAGUGAAGGUCCUGACUUAGACACGGAUGAUGCUGAUGCAGCAGCUAAGCCCGUGGGUCCUAUGGAGAGCGAGGGAGGUGAAUUUCCUCCAGUGUCUACAGGGAAAAUACUUAUUCCGACCUUCGCACUUCAAAAGAUCAAUCUGGAGGCGAUAAGCUGUCAGACUGACGAACAGUGCUACCAACAUCUGCCCAACUUAGACGUCGCUCUUGCAAAAAACAGUAACUUCCCUUCUGCUCCCUAUUGCAACAAGUUAGCAAAUACUUCAUCUCUGGGACACUGUGGAUGCGGUAGAGGAAAAUGUGUCUCUUAUACAAAGGAGAUCGGAAGAGGAAGAAUAUUGUAUUAUUGCGGGCCCUGUAGCUACGUUGGUGCGAGAUGCAGUGACGAUUCUCCUUGCCAACAUGAGCUUGCCGAAUGCAGAGAAAACUUCUGUGCUUGCAAGAAUGGAGGGGAUUUCUUCGAGUUUUCCUACUGCGAAGUCCCACAUCUCGGCUUCGAGGUGGCAGUAAACAUGGCCUUCGUCGUGUGUAUUGCCAUUAGCAUCUGCCUCGUCCUCGCCUCCUCGUAUGGUAUCAUUAACAUGCACCGACUACGUAGACUUCCAGGGCUGAUACGGUACCUGCAGUCCCAUCAUCAACGACAGUGUGAACCGGCUACUGAAGACCUCCCCCCAAAAUACGACGAUUUGGUGGAUAAACUGCCGUCUUACGAAGAAGCGAUUUUCGCGAUACAGAAGAAUCCCUCCGUCGCUCCGGGCCACAAGAACCUCGCCUUCGACCCUGAGGAGGAGACAGAAGCCCUUUUCAACGUCGACAUCGAGGCGGCAUCGCGUGGAAGCCCAGUCGACCGGAGAGAGAAUUAUUCAGUCCCUGUGCAACCACCUGAAGCACAAACCUAUGUUAAAUAUUCCCAAUCCGAGGCGGGGAGAUUGGCUAAUCCACCUGCAGGGAGAUUGGCUAAUCCACCUGCAGAGAGAUUGGCUAAUCCACCUGUUGGGAGAUUGGCUAAUCAACCUGCAGGGAGAUUGGCUAAUCCACCUGUUGGGAGAUUGGCUAAUCCACCAGCGCAUAAUGCGGAAUCCAACGUGAAAAUUCCCCAGUCCGAUGCAGAGGGACUGGCUAAUCCUCCUCCUGGAUUUAGUGUGGAUAAUGAGCUAAUCAAUCCACGAUCAUCAGCACGAUCUCACUCGACCCGACGUCCUGAUGAAACUCCAAUCCGGGAAAUACUCGUUAAGCACGCAAAUUCUUGAAAUGUUUAUUAUUAUAAUUAUUAUUAUACUAUACAUAAAUUCUCAAAUCUCUCAUUCUUUUCUUUGUUAAUCUAUUCAUAAAUUCUCGAUCAUUUCACACGCGAUACAAUGCACGAACUCAUUCCCAUACCUAUCAUUAAACCAUAUUACCACAGUACAGAGAGGCUGAACAAUUACUUUGCGUAGGAAAAGGAUAAUAGAUAUUAGGGAAAAUCAGUUUAGAGAUACUUAUGCCAAUAAAUAUUCCUGUUUUUUAUACACAUAUAUUUGUUUUUAUAAUAAACGAUAAAAAAAGAAAUA